AUGGCAACCAAAUUGAUUUUCCGUCAGCUAUUCGAACCCGUUUCAUGCACUUAUACGUAUUUGCUAGGAUGCUCUGUGAGUAGAAAAUCGAUAAUAAUAGAUCCCGUGCUGGAAACUGUCGAACGGGAUGCAAAGCUUAUCAAAGAGCUCAACUUGGAUCCAAUAUAUGGUGUUAACACACAUCUUCAUGCAGAUCACAUUACUGGUACUGGCAAAUUGAAGCGUAUUUUCCCACGUAUGCUUUCUGUGUUAUCAAAAUAUGUCGACGGUCAUGCAGAUGUACUGGUCAGUGAUCGAGAGAUACUAAAAUUUGGCAAUCAAAAUCUGGAAGUUCGCACGACACCAGGGCAUACUGAUGGAUGUGUAACGUAUGUUUUAUAUGAUCACCGAAUGGCUUUUACGGGCGAUGCACUUCUUGUACGUGGAUGUGGACGCACAGAUUUCCAACAAGGAAAUCCAGAAACAUUAUACAAUUCAGUGCAUGAGAAAAUCUUCACUUUACCUGAUGAUUUCCUGCUUUAUCCUGCUCAUGAUUACAAGGGCUUUUUAUUAACGACUGUUGGUGAGGAGAAGAAAUAUAAUCCAAGAUUAACGAAGACUUUGAACGAUUUUAUAGUUCUGAUGAGAAAUCUUAAACUUGCAUAUCCGAAACAGAUUGAUAAAGCCAUACCGGCGAAUAAAGUGUGUGGCGUAUACGAACUGAUGGAUGAGAAGAUAAAAGCAGAAUAG